ACGUGGAGUGCGGCUAUAUUCCGGUUCUACCGGCUCCGCUCGGUAAUCAAAUGUUUCACUGCGACGAUGAGCACAAAGCCUUCGUUUUCUAAAUCUUUCGAUCGAUCGAGCGAGCGAGCAGAUAGCAGCAGCAGCAAUCCUCCUGGCAAAAAGAGAGAUGGAGAGGCGGCGAGAGAGAUGACGGACGGAGGACCGGAGAGCUGAUGAUGAUGACCUCCUCACCCUCCCUCUUAAAUGAAGAAACGCACACAAACUCAUCCUUGGUUCCCCGUCUCCUGCAAUCUGCCAAUUCCUUCUUCUCGUGCCUUGGCAUCAACAAUAGCAGGAGCAUCAACAGCAGCAAGAACCCAACCGCUAUAUGCGCCCAGGCAUCAUCAUCAUCAUUGCUGUCUUCCUCAGGCAUCGGUGCCCCUGCUGUGCUUGCCGAUAACCCUGUAUUGUCUAUUUCAACGCCCUUCUUCUCGUCUCACCAGAUCAUCCGCAGUUACAAUUCCUCAUCAGCUUCUCCAUCAUCAUCAUCACCACUGCCGAUGAAGAGCAUGUCUUCCCCGGGGUUCCCUUCCAGUGUGCGGAUUGAUGGCCUCAAUUCCUCCUCAAAGGUAGGAGGUCCUGCCUUUGUGGGUCAGGUCUUCAGCAUGUGUGAUCCUUCUGGCACCGGUCUCAUGGCCGUCACCACCCACCUCGACAUCCCCUUCAUAUCGAAACGGACACCUGAAUGGAUCAAAAGGAUUCUUGCUAUGGUUACUAAGAGUGAGAAGAAUGGCCCUGUUUUCCGCUUUUUCAUGGAUCUAAGUGACGCAGUGGCUUAUGUUAAACGGCUGAAUAUUCCAACUGGUAUGGUGGGUGCUUGUCGCCUUGACGUAGCAUAUGAACAUUUCAAGGAAAAGCCUCACAUGUUUCGAUUUGUUCCUAGCGAAAAACAGGUCAAAGAAGCAAAGAAGCUUCUUAAGACGAACCCACAAUAUAGUAGGAGAAGGCUUGAGGGAGUUCCUGUCUUUACUGCUCAAAAUUUGAAUAUUGCAAUAGCUACAACUGAUGGAAUUAAGUGGUAUGCACCAUAUUUCUUUGACAAAAGCUUGCUGGACAAUAUCCUAGAAGCUUCUACUGAUCAGCACUUUCACACUUUAAUUCAAAAUCGACAUAUGCAACGGCGGCGGGAUGUGAUUGAUGACAGUUUGGCAACCGAAGUUAUAGAAGAGAGUGGAGAAAGCCUGUUUGAACCUCCAGAGGUUCAAGAAGUGCUGGAUGAAAUGGGUAAUCCAGGAAUACCAUUGAGUGUCCUAUCAAAGGCUGCUGAAAUUCAGCUGCUUGAUGUUGUUGACAAAGUACUCUUAGGGAACAGGUGGUUACGAAAAGCAACUGGUAUCCAACCAAAGUUCCCAUAUCUGGUCGACUCGUUUGAAGAAAGGAGUGCAGCUUCCUUUAUGAAGGCCAUGGAAUCAACUAGCUCUGCUGUCAACUCAGAAGAUACUGCUGAUAACGGUGGGCAUGGAUUGCAGCUUGGUGCAUCUGAAUUUAAGUCGAAUGGGAGAGCCUAUGGUGAUCGAAGCCAUCCAACAAAUAGCACUGAUUUUCGAUUUCCCUUUGGAGACUGGUUUCUAAAUCCAUGGUCAAAACCCGAUAACCAGAUUAAGACUGAUAGGAGCAAUACAAGAAUGGCAAGCUGGAAUGGAGAGUGCAUCAACCAAGCGCCACCUAAUCCUCUUCUUCCGAAGAUCACAAUGGUUGGCAUCUCGACAGGCGAGGCAGGGCAGAUGAGCAGAGCCAGCUUGAAAAAGACAAUGGAAGAUUUGACGAAGGAGUUGGAGCAGACAACUCAGAGAACUACUCAACCCAAUGAAGAGAAGGACCCUCUAUUUGUCGCGAAUGUGGGUGAUUACUCCAGUAUAACACGGAUGAGCUCAGCAUGAUGGGGAUUGAUUUGAGUUGCUUCUGUGGACUGCCCACAACCUUUAGGGCAUGUAUUUAUUCUUGAUUCUUUGAUGAGGAUCUGCCAUUCUGGCCAGUGCAUGCAUUGUAAAAUUGACCGGUUCUGCAACAGUUUACAGGUCAUUGAUUUUCUUGAAUUUUAAGGGGUUUUUUUUUUGGUGGUGUAAUGGCUUCUGGAAACACCUAAGAAUUCAGCUAUUGGAUUUUACACACAAGUUGGAGAUGCUACAAGUGUUCGUAUACAAGGAAUGGUAAAAUUAAUGUGUUUCUUAA